AUGGAGGCUGCUUCACUCCACAGGCCAGGUGAGUCUCCUUUCAACGUCUUUCCAAAACUCAAAACUUCUCAGCCAAAUUUAGCUGAUGUUAACCAUCACCCCAGUCGUUACCCACCUGAGUACUCAUCAUUGUUAUUCCCAACAGAUCCCGACCUGUAUUCUAAAGAGGCUCCUGUGACAAAGCAAUUGGCUCCCAGGGACAAAAUUCUGCUGAUGUGGAAGAGACCUUAUGAGGUUGGUGCUGGGCUCUGGAAUGUGGGAAACACCUGCUACAUGAAUGCUGUCCUGCAGUGUCUGACAUACACAGCACCCCUUGCCAACUAUAUGCUGUCCCAGGAGCAUUCCCUAACCUGUCAUCCUCAGAAAUUCUGCAUGCUGUGCACUAUGGAAGCUCAUGUUACACGGGCACUGCACCAGCCCGGCCAGGUUAUCAAGCCCUCACUUGCACUGGCUGCUGGGUUCCAUAGAUACAAGCAAGAAGAUGCCCAUGAGUUUCUGAUGUUCACUGUGGAUGCCAUGAAGAAAGCUUGUCUGUCUGGGCACAAGCCCCUAAAUGGUCACUCUGAGGACACAACCUUAAUCCAUCAAAUAUUUGGAGGGCACUGGAGGUCUCAAAUCAAGUGUCUCCACUGCCAUAGCAUUUCAGACACUUUUGACCCUUACCUGGACAUUGCCCUGGACAUUGAAGCAGCUUCCAAUGUGAGCCAAGCUUUACAACAGUUGGUGAAGCCCGAACACCUGGAUGGAGAGAAUGCCUAUCAUUGUGGUAGUUGUCUAAAGAUGGUACCUGCCUCCAAGUCCUUGAAUUUGCACACUACCUCCAAGGUCCUGAUCCUUGUAUUGAAAAGGUUCUCAGAUAUCACAGGCAACAAAAUUGCCAAAGAAGUGCAAUAUCCCGAGUGUCUUGACAUGCAACCAUACAUGUCUCAGCAGAAGAGAGGACCACUUAUUUACCUCCUCUAUGCUGUGCUGGUGCAUGCUGGGAGGAGCUGUCAAAGUGGACAUUACUUCUGCUAUGUCAAAGCUGGGAAUGGCCAGUGGUACAAAAUGGAUGAUGCUAAAGUAACCACCUGUGACAUUUCUUCUGUCCUGAGUCAACCUGCCUACCUCCUCUUUUACAUACAGAAGAGUGAAUUGGAGAGAGACAGUGAGCAUGAAUCAACUGGGGAGAAACCAAGAGCCCUUGGGGCUGAAGACACAGACAAGGGAGAAACCAAGAGAGAGCUCAAAAGUGACUCCUGCAUCAAGUUUCCUGAGUUCGGGGAACACUUGGAAAAAACAGCAACUAGAGAACUCUCCUUAGAUCAGUGGAAGUGCCUCCUGGAACAAAACCGACUGAAGCCUGAAUUCAACAUUAGGAAAAUAGAAUCAACCCUGCCUUCCAAUGCAGUAAUGAUUCAUCCACCAAAAUACAAGAGUGAGAUUAAAAAGGACAAUUACUUGCUGCAGAAAUCAGAGAAGGAAGAAACAGAGCAGAUGUCUCUGAAAAGUAGCAAAGUCCCUUGUCUGGUUUUCUGCCCUCCGCCCUCACUGCCCAGGUCCUGGCCCUGUGAAGUCCCUGCGGCUGAGCCGGUGCUUUCCUUCUCCACCGCCCCGGUGAUCACCGAAAGGAAACGGAAGCCGAGGUCUGGGCAGACGGAACGUGCAACCGCACAUUCCCCACCGCCCACAGCGACCCCCGUCGCCCUCCGAGCCCGGGGCCGCAGUCGCACCGGCUGCGCGGACAGCGCCUCUUCUCCAUCCGUGCACGGAAAUGGCCUUUAA